CUAACCUUUCUUGGUUUUUCUUUGUUCUAUAUUUUUUUUAUUUGGUAUGCAGCCGCGCAGAAGUUUGCAUCAAACGUUCCCUUUGUACUUAAAAAUGGUGCCCAACCUGGCGAGUAUCAUGUUCGCCUUGCAACAAUUGGUGGCAACAGCGCACCCUGUGAAGUUGAUUCAGACACGUUCGAGAUUAAAGCCAGUACAGAACCUGCUCCAGUUCAACAAGAGGAGCAAACCAAGAGUGACCAGAAGCACGACAACAAGGAUUGGGAUUCCAUGUUGAGUCAACUUGGUCAGUACGUUGACAAGGACAAUGACGACGACAAUAGCAAAGAAAAGAGCAAAUCGUCGUCGUCGCAUAGCAACGCUGCUUCAAAAGACGAAAAGACAGAAUCGUUCGAUCAGUACAUCAAGAGUCUCGACAUGGAUUAUCGUCCUUACAUCAACAACAAUAAAGAUACCGAAUCCGACGUCGUAACGCAUAAAAAUUCUGUUGAAGACGACACGCCUACUGCGGCAGCAUCAACCAAUGACGAAUAUUUCACCAAUGAAGACCACCGUACUCAUGUUGAUGCCCAUUUGAACGAAGAAUUGGGCCAGCUGACCAGUGAUAACGGAAACGAACAUGCGGAUUCUCCAUUCUUCCAAGGCAGCGGUGGUGCACAGACUGUCAACACAGAUUCUUCGACAACAGAUGACGGUGAGUGGGCAACCGAUGAAAUGCCUGCUCCGGUGAAUCAGUGGGUCGAUGAAAGCUCAAAGGAGAAAGGUCAUGAGAACCAAGGUGUCUGGAACGAGGAAAUGAGCGAGUUGAACGGCGAGCACGCGGAUUCGCCAUUCUUUCAGGGCAGUGGUGGUGCACAGACCGUCAACCAAGGUUCCUCAACGACGGCAGAUGACGGCGAUUGGAUUGUGGACGAAAUGCCUGCACCAGUAAACCAAUGGGUUGACGAAAGCUCUGAUGUUAAAGACCAUUCGAACGAAGGUGCUUGGAUCGAAGAAGAGGUUGAUCCUUCUACUUUUGCAGCAGCCCAUGCAAAUCAAGAUGGCGAAGGAUGGUCCGAGGUCACCAGCGACAACAACUAUGCAUCUUCAGAUUUCGAUCACUCGAACGUCGGUACAUGGAUUGCUCAAGAGAUCGACGAUGCGCCUGAACCGACCACCACCACCACGCCGCACGUCGAUGACUCGUCACCUCAAGGAUGGGUCGCUGAAGAAGAUGCACAUAGCAAUGAAUCUACUGACAUUCCUGAUCAUUCGAAUAUCGGUCAAUGGCAAGCUGAAGAGAUUGAUUCUGAUAAUGAUCAUCUUUCUUCGCAAUACAGCCAUGGUAAUGACAAGGUUGCGGAUGAGAAUGAUUGGGUUGAGUCUGAAUCAACGCAUCCUGAUGUUGCCGCAAGUGGUUGGCAGGAAGAUACAUCCGCGCACCCUGAUGCCACAGGUGGCUGGCAAGAAGAUACAUCUGCACACCCUGAUGCGAACGGUUGGCAAGAAGUGUCUUCGACGACUCAUCCCAAUGUAGCAGCAGACGGCUGGCAAGAAGAAUCGUCGAUCACUACACACCCUGACGUUGCUGCAGAUGGCUGGCAAGAGGAAGAGUCCGCUUCACCUGCUCCACAUAUGGAUGACAAUGUUCUUAUGUACUCAGCAGAAGAGCUAAUUAACUAGAUAGCUCGCACACACACUCACACAUCAUCCGAGUCAUUCGUUUCCCUACCUUCGUACACAUACACAUUACACCCAAUCACUCAACAACUCACCUCACAUACACGUACACGUACUUUUCCUCCAUACCCACACAACACUCCUUCUUGGAUCUACACGAAUGGUGAAGUCGUGAAGAUGAGUGAAAAAAAAAACAAUGAUUG